AUGAUUAGCAACAAAGAAACACAAAUUGCCAUCUUGAUCAUCAUCACCUUCUUUUUCUACUCAUCUAAUGCAACUCUCAGCUACAAUGUGAAGAGUUUCGGAGCAAAAUCGAACGGAAAAUCCGACUGCACAAAGGCUUUCCUUAGUGCGUGGAGCGCCGCCUGUGCCGCCACAAAACCGGCAACAAUUUACGUUCCGGGAGGACGAUAUCUUCUGCGAAAUGUAGUAUUUAUGGGAAAGUUGUGCAAGAACACGGCAAUCACUAUUCAGAUAGAUGGCACUCUUGUAGCUCCUAAUAACUAUAGCGUGAUCGGGAAUUCCGGCACCUGGUUGAAGUUCGACAAGGUCACCGGAGUUUCCAUAUACGGAGGAACCCUAGACGGCAAAGGGGCGGCGCUGUGGGCUUGCAAGAACUCCGGCCAUAAUUGCCCCAAGGGAGCAACGAGUUUAGAAUUCCACAACUCGAACAACAUAAGUAUCAAUGCACUCUCAUCCUUAAACAGUCAAAAGUUUCACAUUCACAUUUAUGGAUGUCACAACGCCAAUCUCAUCAACAUGAAAAUAUCCGCCGAUGGAUACAGCCCCAACACCGACGGAAUUCACGUUGAGCAGUCAUCGGCAGUCACUAUCUUGGGCUCACGCAUCGGUACCGGUGAUGACUGUGUCUCGAUUGGACCCGGCUCUUCUGACUUGUGGAUCGAGAACCUCUUUUGCGGCCCCGGUCACGGGAUAAGCAUAGGGAGUCUAGGUUGGAGUUUGCAAGAGGCGGGAGUGCAGAAUGUGACAGUGAAAACGACGACGUUUAGAGGAACUCAGAAUGGUUUGAGAAUAAAGACAUGGGCAAGGCCUAGCGAUGGAUUUGUGAAAGACGUGUAUUUUCAACAUAUUGUGAUUGACAAUGCCAAAUAUCCAAUUAUCAUCGAUCAAAAUUACUGCCCCGACCACAAUAAUUGUCCUAGCAAGAAUUCAGGCGUGCAAAUUAGCAACGUGAGAUAUGAAGAUGUACAUGGAACAUCUGCAACAAAAGUCGCAGUGAAAUUUGAGUGCAGUGAAACCAAUCCAUGCAGUGGAAUUACUCUAGACGGGGUAAACCUCACUCUCAAAGAUAAACCGACAACAGCGUUGUGCGUGAACGCUAGAGGAACGGCAAACAACGUCGUCAAGCCUGCGAGUUGCUUAAAGGGAGAAUGAUGGUCAGAUGGUUCAAAUGUAGGAAUGUACAUGUUUGAGAGUUGAGACUAGCGAUUAAUAAAAAAUCUUGUUCUAAAUAAAAUUGUAUUUUAUGAAAUACA